AUGGCAAUGGACGCCAAAGAGAUCGAGGCCAAGGCCAAGGCCCUGAGCAAGGCCGCGACAUCUAACGAGUCCUCAAGUGUGAUUCUAGGUCUUCUCAAGGAUAUUCAAACGGGCGUCCGGGCCACAGAAGAUCUUCUGCGCCAAACGCGCAUCGGUAUCAUCGUGAACAAAUUCAAGCAGAGCAAGACCCCCGAAGUCGCACGCCUUUCCAGCGAGAUUGUGUCAAAGUGGCGAACAGAGGUCAACAAACAAAAGCAAGGCGGUAGCACAGCGGCUGCUCGGGGAUCGAGCUCCCCGCGGCCUGCGCAAAAUGGCACAGGGGCAUCAACCCCAGCAGCUGCCGUUCCCUCAGACAAGGCCUCCAAGCUGUCUGUGCCUCCUGAUAAGCGUACCUGGAAGGCGGACGGAGCGGAGGUGAACCAUACCGGAAACAGAGUGCGCGAUAGCUGCACAGGACUCAUGUACGAUGGACUGUGUCUCGGAUCAACCGAGUCCCCCAAAAUCAUCGUUACUCGUGCUAUUGCUGUUGAGAUCGCAGCCUACAAGCACCUAGGACCCGAGUCCAAGGAAGAGUACCGCACGAAGAUUCGCAGUCUCUUCCAGAACCUUAAGAACAAGUCCAACCCGAAGCUGCGCGUGCGCGUUCUCGAGGGAGAAAUCUCCCCCGAGGAAUUUGUGCGUAUGACACACGAUGAGCUUCGUUCUGUCGAGCAACGGGAAGCGGAUGCCAAGAUUCAAAAAGAGAACAUGGACAAGGCCAUGGUUGCCAAGGCUGAGCGCAGUAUCAGUAAGACCUUACAGUGCGGCAAGUGUGGCAAGCGCGAGGUCACCUACACAGAAGCGCAGACCCGUGCAGCUGAUGAACCGAUGACUCUUUUCUGUACUUGCACCAACUGCGGCAAGUCCUGGCGGCAGUGA